AUGGUCAUAACUUUAUUCUUCUUUUCUACACUUUCCAUGGCUUCUCGAACCUCAUUCGACUCUUAUACUUAAAGUUACAUAAAAUUCAAAACCACCGAAACACACUCAAAUUUUCAAAACCCUAGCACACGCCACAACCAAUGGCGACGCGAAAAUCCGCACCGCACUUUCUCAAACAACUCUACGCCUCUCGCCACCACCUCAACCCAACCCGCUCCGUCACCUACAUGCCCCGACCCGGAGACGGCACACCUCGCGGCGUAACGCUCAUCCCCGGCGACGGAAUCGGACCACUAGUAACCGGCGCGGUGGAGCAAGUAAUGGAGGCCAUGCAUGCACCGGUGUACUUCGAGAAGUUUGAAGUGCACGGUGACAUGAAAGCGGUGCCAGGUGAGGUGUUGGAGUCGAUUAGGAAGAAUAAGGUUUGUUUGAAAGGGGGACUGGAGACUCCUAUGGGUGGGGGAGUUAGUUCGCUUAAUGUGCAGUUGAGGAAGGAGCUUGAUCUUUAUGCUUCGCUUGUUAACUGUUUUAAUCUUCCGGGGUUAACUACGCGGCAUGAUAAUGUUGAUAUUGUUGUUAUUAGGGAGAAUACAGAGGGGGAAUAUGCUGGACUUGAACAUGAGGUUGUUCCUGGUGUUGUUGAGAGCCUCAAGGUUAUAACAAAGUUCUGUUCAGAGCGCAUUGCUAAAUAUGCUUUCGAGUAUGCUUAUCUAAAUAACCGAAAGAAGGUGACUGCUGUGCACAAAGCAAACAUUAUGAAACUCGCAGAUGGUUUAUUCUUGGAAUCUUGUAGAGAGAUUGCCACAAAGUAUCCUGGAAUCAAGUAUAAUGAAAUUAUUGUAGAUAACUGUUGCAUGCAGCUUGUUUCAAAGCCUGAGCAGUUUGAUGUCAUGGUAACCCCCAAUCUUUAUGGAAAUCUUGUUGCAAAUACAGCGGCUGGCAUUGCUGGUGGAACUGGUGUCAUGCCGGGAGGAAAUGUUGGUGCUGACCAUGCUGUAUUUGAACAAGGUGCUUCAGCAGGUAAUGUGGGUAAAGAAAAAGUAGUACGACAAAAGAAAGCCAACCCUGUGGCACUCCUCCUUUCAUCGGCAAUGAUGCUUAGACAUCUCCGGUUUCCUGCAUUUGCUGACCGAUUGGAAACUGCUGUGAAGCGAGUCAUUUUAGAGGGCAAACACCGGACCAAGGACCUUGGAGGAACAAGCACCACCCAAGAGGUUGUUGAUGCAGUGAUAGAUGCAUUAAAUUAAUUAUAUAUUCAUUUUAUUUGCACAUCUACAAUAUGAAGUUAGUGUUGCAAAUUUUUUGCCAAUUGUCCAUAAUCUAUUGCACCCGUUGAAGGUGAAUUGCCAAUUUUUGGCCAUGAUUAAUGUUUAUUCUAUUCAUAAAUCGACAUGAUAAGAAUUUUGAAAAGAGCGUCUUCUGUGGGGAUUUCCACAUAUCAA